CUACCGUCGCCAAAACCUUAACGGUCGUGUCGGGUAUCGGACAGUUAUCACAGUAUUUGCUUUUCAUAGAGAGUUGGGAAAGUAUAGAAGGCAAAGAGGAUAAAAGAGAAUCUUUGUUAUAAAGUCUCAAGUCGUAAUUUCCCGUGUCACGAAAUUGAUCCGUCUGUUCGAUAUUAUGAAGUUUUUCUCGAACACUUUCGCUCUCUUUCCGCUGCAACAUUCGUUUCGUAACCAAUAAAUAUAGUAAUAAUGUUACAUAGGCUCUCGAACGUAAAUUCUACCAGACGUAUGUACUGAAUUCGUGUGUGCCGUCGGCAAGUUUGUGCUGAUGAAACGAAUAUAUUGUUUCAUAGUUCAUUUCGUUGCUUUCGUCUUCGACAUACAUUUAUCGCUAAAUUCACAAAAUACAUUGUAAUUCAUACAUAUUCUCAUAAUAGAGUAUAACCAGUGAAAUAAAAGCAAAUCGCAUAAAAAACACAUUGUCUCGUGUUAUUUAACUAUCUAUGAUGAAUCGAGUGUCUACCGUGGAUUUUUACGUGAUAAACUAGAUGGCCCAUUAAAAAUGAUCUAAGACUAUAAAGGUUUUGUUUGAAUUUGCGUUCGUGUUCUAUUUUCUUUUUGUUACGACGAAAUCGUUUUGUACUCAUGAUAUCAUCAGGACAUACAUUUCCGUCUGCAUUCCUCUGUGUCGAGUCUUCAGCUUUGAAUACUCCACAAAUUGCAGGUUAGCCCGAUGUAUGCCCUGGGUGAAAAGGACCAGCGCAAGGCAGAUACUCGAAUAUCACAAAGGAUCCAAUGAAAACUUAGUUAUUACAUUAUCGGAUUACGAGACCGGAUUUGUAUUCAAAGCCAUGAAGAAUAAAAGUUCCACCGAGCGAUUAAUGCGGUAAACAUCAAAUUUGGGCUUGAAUUCUGCAGUAAAAACAUGUGGAAGACUCGUAAAGAAAUUUCCAAACCAGUGAUUGGCCAAAAUGAGAGACAUAAGAUUUCAGAUAAUGGCACUCCAGAAAAAAAUUCAACGAGCGAUUUAUUGAGUAUUUGCAGACCAUUAUCCAUCUAUUUAACUCGAUUACCAGAUGCAUUGGUAAACAAAAAUGUGGAGGUCACAAAAGAGCCACAGGUCAGAAGAAAGAGAUACUCGCGUUGGAGAUUCGGUACCUAUACUAAAAAAAAAUCAAAGAUCAAGAAGCAAAAAAAUGAAGCGGAGAAACACCCACAAGUACUCCAGUCGUCAGAGGUUACCGAAAACGAAAGUAACUCGAGUAGGUUGGUAUCGUCCGAAAGAUCCUCGACAGGCUUCGAUACUACAAAAGUAUUAACGGCAGGAGCUAUACCAUCCGAUGUUGAAGGAUCAACGGUACAAGAAAACGGAAUUGUGGACACCCGAGUGUGUCUUGAGGAAACGGCUGAGUCUUUGACUCAUGAAAAAAAAUUAUCGGAAGCUCAGGAUGACUGUACAUCAAGCAUCGUUGGGUUUAAUGUAGCACCUCUAAGCUCUGAUACAUGUUCAAAUUUUGAAGAAAGUACACAUGCGUUACAAAUCGACGAGCAAUGCGCCGACGGAACGGUAAUCGUAUCACUCGCAACGGAAGAUGACAGGACUUGGUUGGCCGAUAAAAAUUCCACUGAGAUUAGUACAUCGGACGAGCAUAAAAGUCUAUCACCUGUGAAACCGGCGAGGAAGAGAAAAAACUCUUCGUUAUCCGAGAGCAGCGAACCACCACGAGUUUUACAGCUCCCAAAGAAACCCAGGCCUUUGUCCUUGGCUUCUGAGACUUCUGUAUCGUCGUCGGAAGAGCAAAAGGCGACAAGCAUAAACGGAAUCACCGUUACAAGUCCAGAGCAGCCAGUUUUGCCGACUAAUCCGAAAACGCCUGGAUCGACUUCACAGGAGCAGCAGCGUCAAGAAUCGAAAAAAAAUCAGUUAAUGAACAAAGUUGUAGUCGUUGUGAACAGACUCGACACUUCUCGUAUUCCACUGGCGGAAAAAUGGAAGAAUCGAGUGGAUUUUUCUCGGUUGGAUGAAGUGACUUCGAGUUCGAAAGAAAGUCUUUCUGCCUCAACUUUGUCGAUAAAUCAGUUAAAAAAUGAAAAUGAAAAUGAGCAUGAAGCGACGCUAAUUGACCACGGAUCGAAAGAAAUGAAAGAAUACUCGCCGGCUCUAAUGGACCAUCAGUCAUUUGGUAUUUAUGGAAAUAAUGGCAUAGUAAUGUGCGACAGUAACGAGGAUGACUCUGAAGAAGACGAUAACGAGAUAAUCGAAUUUCUCGCGGCACGACGAAGAAGAAGGUCCUCAAUCGCAAGUACGCAUUCCGCAUACACAACUGACGAUGAGCCGAAUGAAAACCUCGAGUUGUCACGGUCAAGUUCGAAAUCACGACAUGCGAAGACACCUGAUCCUCAGACGUCCGAUGCGAAAGGACGAAGAAGAGGACGACUGCGGCAUCGAAACAAAAGCUUUGAUACAAUGUCCGAAACUUCUCGCGAUCGCCCAAAAUUCAGAAGAAUACAAUCGGAAAGUCCCGUAUUGCGAAAAUCGAGAAGAGCUCGUAGAUCCCGUUACGCAAAUAACAAAUCACCUCCGUUAACCCGGAGUAGAUCGCGGGCUGCCCUCGAUAACGUAUAUAACGACGACUCGAUGAAUUCCAGCGACGUGUCCUAUCCAAAUAGUAAGCGUAAACGAUGUCAUCGGCUACCCUCCUACUCGAGUGAUUAUUCGCAUGCAGCGCUGGAAGCGGAUGAGCUGGUCGAUGAAAGCCUCGACGAGAGUCUAGCCGUGGUUGAUAACACUGAAAACGUCCACGACGUUGUUGAGAAAGAGUAUAUUGAGGAUAGCAACGAAGCACCCGGGUUGUCGGCUGCUAACGAUUCUAAUUUCACUUUGGUCGAUACCGUGCAAUUGGAUCAAGAUAAUGACGUGGAAAAUUGUAUUGCGCGAAAAAAAUUGGCUACCAUGAAAAAUGCUAUGGUGGUAUUGACGCGGCUGGAAGAUUUGAUCAAUCAAUGUUCCGAUGCUGAGACGGAAUUCAACCGAGCGCGUAAUUAUGAUUUUUCAAGCAAUUUUUCAACGCACGAGAAUUACAGUGACGAAGCUUAUGAGGUUGACGAGACUUCUCGUGGCAGCGUUGAUCCUCUUCGAAUAGACUCGAAUAGUUCGGUCAUCGAAUCUUCUGUCCGUAAACAGUUUAUGGCCAAUGAAGUUGCGGAAUAUGCGCCGGAAAGUGAGGAUCCGCGAGAAAACGGGCUCGGUCCUCGCAAUCCUGAACAAUCCGACCAAACUCAAAGUAGUUUCAGAGUCUCUCCUGAAUCAUGGGUACGAUCGGGACCCAAUUCAAUCUCGAUUGGGAAGAAUGGAGUUGUGCGAGAUAUGUCCGAAUCAGACGAUGAAAGACGAUUAAUAGUUGACGAGUCAAUAUCUAGCGAAAGAACGGAUUCAAAUGUUGAGUCGAUGUUAGCUGUUGAUGACGGUGAGAAUACGAAAACGGGAACGAUACCGAUCUCGUCGGAGGGCGUUCCGAUCGGUGCGAAUGGUGGUAAAAACGAUCGGACGCUGAAGGAUUCCACUGAGCCUGGCGAGCUCUGCAACGAUAAGGAACAUCGGGCCGACAACGCUCACGAUAAAUGCCAAAACGUUUCACCGAGCCGUAAGUGCAAUCGAACCUUGAGAAACUCGGUGCAGUUGGAGCAGCACAAAACGUCAAGCGCAUUCUGCAGUUCCGGUUUUCCUUGCAAUUUUUGUCAAAUCAAUUUCAAAACGUUGAUCGAAUUAUCGAAGCACCGAACUGACUGCGCCGAGGAGAACUUCCAGAGACGAAAUUCCCACGAUACGAAAGCGGACGAUGAGACUUCCAUCGGACCUAAAACUUCUGCGACUGUUAAUAAUUCCGAAGCCACGCGUUCCAAAGGAAAAAAACCGAAACAGACGAAUCCGAAAAAUCCACCGAAGAAAAAUCGCAACAGGCCGCGGUGUCGAUCGGACAAUUUGACUUGCAACGUAUGCUCCAUGAAAUUUGAUACCAAAACAGAUCUGUCGGAACAUUUGUACAAACACAGCCCGGAAGAACUUCAAGAGGCUUUCAGGGCUGCGAAAGCUGAAGCAAUGCUGGACAGUCAGGCGGAACAAGCUGCGAAACGAAAAAAGAUAAUCACAAACAAGAGCAGUGAUAAUUCUACGGACAAUCAAGCGAGUAACAUCAUUAAUAACAACGCUCCGACACAGAAUUUUGGUGAAAAUGACACGCGACUUAUCGUGUCCGGUGUCAGGGUUGGGUCAUCGAUCGCGUUUAAUAAAGAUUCAUUGACACCGAGACUCGCAACAGUUUGUUUAUGUCACAGGGACACAGAUCUAACGUCCAUGGAUAUGACCGAUCUUCAAAUAGAAAUGGUUUUACUUUGUAAAUAUUGUCCUGUUAUAUUUCGACGACGCGAAUGCCUCGAGGUUCAUUACCGAACGAGCAACAUCUGUUCCGUCAAUCGAACGAGAGAAAGGUGCCCGAGUUUUUUCUGUGCCAAUUGUCAAAUAACUCUCAACAGCUGGGCAGAUAUGCGUCAACACUUGGAGAUACACGCUCACCAAAAUUCGGAAAGAACCAUUCGAUUCGUCUGCAAUAUUUGUCGAGUUGUAUUUGUUGGAUUUGGCGUGUUAUUCUACAACCAUUGGACCAGUCAUUCCAAAGAUCCAAUGUUCGUUGCGGGUCGUUACAAUUUUCCCAAAUUUUCGGUUCAGGCAACAACUGGAACGGAAAAGUUGCCGAUCGGAGCACGAUCCGAAGAGAAUUAUAUAUUCGUUGCUGAGCAUGUAUGCGCCACUUGCAAAAGACCAUUCUCAACGCGGCGUGAUCUCGAAACGCAUCAACAGAGCGUGUCCUGUACGAAAUCGCCGUCGGUCCUAGCCUCAAAAAAUGUCAACACCGCGCGCGCUGAACGUCCCGUUAAAAUUAAUCGGAUCCCCAAACGGAACGAGCGCUCUGUCGUUUCGACUACUUUGACAGUGCCGAGUGCCGACAAGGACAAAAAUGAGCUUACGAAAAAGCGUUUGUAUUGUGACGUUUGUCGUCUGGAGUUUAUCAGUGAACACUGGCUGAACGUUCACAGUAAGAACAUUCACAACGAUCAGUUCACCUUUGUACCAACGACUGUAUACGGUACGCCAUUGCCAUUGCCGUUCAAAUGCAACAAGUGUUCCGCCUUCACGGCUUCGGUCAGCGCAAUCAAGAAGCAUUGGGAGACCGAUGUACUUCAUGACCGUAACUCGGCAUUGUUGAAAAAGAAAAGACCCUCUACUUCGGCAAAGUCUUCGAAAUCUGCACGUGUAACAUCGUCUUUGAGAGCGGCUUCGGAUUCUCAAAAUACUUGCGUUGACGAUACGAAUAACGCAACGCCGACUGACAAGAGUAAAACAUCCAAAGAGCCAGUGAUUAUUACUAUAGAUCAUACUGAUAACGAAAGCACCUCUUGCGCUAUCGAACAUAUUCCGACCCACAAUGAGAAAUCAGCUCUUUCAGUACCAUCUGCCAUUACGAACACGGAUACUAUCCAAGUCUCGAAUAGUGAUGAAUGCCCGGUGGCGGUUGAUCCUUUGGUAACCGAUCUGCCAUCGGCGAGCAAUCUAAACGAGAUACAGAAAGCAGCUAAAAAACGAGCUUUGGAAGAUCCUUGUGUCAACGUUUUGCUCUCUGAAGCGUCUGGUACUAAUGUGUCUGCAUCGUUGAUUGUCGGAAAUACCAUGGAAAAGCCGAAGGAAAACUCGGCCAACGGCGUGACCGAAUCGUAUCGAAUAUUGAUGUCCGACCAACCAUCCCCGGGAAAUUUAAAAAUGAUUUUGACCAGAACGAGUUCGACCGAUUCGGCGGGAGGAUCUGGACAUGCUCGACCAACGGGAUUAUUCGUUGAAGACGAUAAUCACUCUGAUUCAACGAUAUCCGCUGACCACUUGGUUCACGGAGAAGAAUCUUCGACGGUGUUGUCGGUUCGAUCCUCCAUCGAAGCGAGAGAUGAUUCAACGAAAACACCGUCUCCCGAAGACGACGCGGAUAAGCAAUGUACCUUGGUAGAAUUAACACAAUCGACCGACGGGGAAGGAAACGAUCCAACGGGGGGAACUCUCACUCGAAUCUCCGAUUCAACGGCACGCGUCAACUCUAACGAAAAACCUACGCCGUUAAUUUUGACACGAUCAAUCGUCGCAGAAGCUAAUAAUAGAACGGAAAAUAAUGGAAAUCGUCCUGGAAGCGCAACGAAUAUCUGCAUCGUACCGGAAGUAAUUGAUAUACUCGAUGACGGGGAAGAUUGUGGAAACGGGCAGGAGCCACCGAGUCAAAACUCUGUCGUGAUCCUAACGCCGCCGAGUCACGCCGAGUCGUUAAUUAAUAAGAAUAAAAUUUUGCACAGUUUACUGGAAAGUGAAACAUCUAAUACGGAUCUAAUACGGGCCAAGGAUCCUACAGCGAUAAUGAUCGACUUUCCAGAAUUUCGUUUCGUUGAAGACACACAGAAAACGAUCGGGGGGAAUUCUUCAAGCUCGGACAAUAGCUCGAAUCCAAUGGUCAGUAAAUCCGGUUCGCCUGGUCGAUCGAAAUUUAAUAAAGGAGCUUUGAAGCUGUGCGGCAUGUCGUUUGAAGAAGCUAGAUGGAAUUAUUUACAAUCGACGGUACAAAAAAAACAAGGCUUUCUGCGAGUCAAAGAUUUGUCAGAGUUGCAGGCUGUAAAAAAUUAUACGUGCGGUAUUUGCAACAGCUCUUUCGAAUCGGAAAAAUCGCUGGAAGAGCAUCGUCGAUUGCCAUCGACGUGCGGUAAUUUCAUUCAGGCCAGGAACGUUCAUCAAUACUCUCGUGGCAUUUCGGCAGCUCUUGUACUGCCGGAUCCUUCGGAACGGCCGAAAACUCCCGAAACUAAUGUUGCCGCCGCAUCACCGCUGGACCCAAUGCACAACAAUACGAUAUCAUCGGUGAGACGCGCUUCUGCACCGCAACCACCUGUCUAUCCUCUGCAAGAAAUUUCCGCUCUAGUUCCUGCUCAAAGGAUUCAAGUAAUCAGCCAGCUGCCAACUAUAGCCCUGCAUGAUAAGUCCCUGGGUUCUUGGACAUCGAUCGUUGAUACUACACCCGUGUUAAGUACCAAUUUCAAUCCAGUGAAUGAAAAUCAACCGCUGCUUCAGCAGCAGCCACAGCAGCAACAACAGCAACAACAACAACAACAGCAGCAGCAGCCACAGCAGCAACAACAACAACAGUUGAAUAUGAUGUCCGGUGGUACGAUCAUUGUGAAGGAUUCUAAUCAGGGGCUUCCUGAAAAUCGUAACUCGUCAUUGGGCUAUCAUGCUCUACCUCGAAUUAUUAGUUUACCGACAGCUCCAAAAAGCAAUCAUCAACUCGCGACUGCUCCGCAGCUCGUCCCUUCCAGUAAUUCUCUUCCAAAGUUCACAGGGAGAAAUGCUCCCAUAGUGAUCCAUCAGCCGAACAAACGAAACAAAUAUCUUUGUAGCAUAUGCCAUACUUUCGAAUGCACGAGUUUGGAGGCUAUUAAGGAACAUCUGAAUGGGCACUAUAAUGACUGGACUAAUUCGACAACGGCUCAAGACUCGACGCAGCCGGCAGCAUCGGCUGCCAGACUUUCCGGCGGUGCAUCAUCCGACACCGUUCCAUUAUCUUGUACGGAUAUGAGAGAACGGAACCAACCGAUUCUCCCGAAACCCUUAACUUCGAGCAAUUGGACCGCUAAUAACACACCACAAGGAUCUGUCUUCGUCGCUCCGAUUUCGAACGCAUCGAAUAACAGUCGAUCGUUUGUUCGUCAGACUCCUUUCGACACGAAUAAUCUCGCCUCGAACCCUCCCUACAGCGCUCAACUCGUUUUUCGCUGUAGAAUAUGCAAAUCCGCGGUGUACAAAAGUUAUUCAUCGUUGCGAAAUCAUGCGUUACUCGUACACGCCAUUACAGAUUUUAAUUCGCUCGUUCAAGAAAAAAUCUCACAAAAUAGUUAUCUUUGUACUCAGUGUCCGUACUCCAGGGCACUCUUCGAUACCUCGGAAGAAUUUCGCGAGCACGUUGACACUAUCCAUACUCACUCUUGUCCAUCCUGUCAACGUGUUUUUUCAAACUUUCUCACCCUCAGACAUCAUCUGGAACAAUGUCGAGUUUCCACAUCCAGCAACCGUAAUGCUUAUGGCAACAAUUGUUGAAUAUCCGUGCGACUUUGACUUACAUGAAUUAAACUUACGACCAACUAUAAAAUUGUAGAAAUUAAAAAAUAAGUCGGAUAAUACGAUAUCAAUUGUUACGUUAAUCGAUGGAUGAAAUAAAAUUGUCCCAACAAGUUGAGACUAUCGCUAUUAUUUUUCACAAUUGAACAAUUGACGAAUGAAACGAAUAUUUUUUAUGCAUCGAUUGACCCGACGAAUCUUUUAACUUUUAAAGAACGGGUCUGGUCGAAAUAUCGACCACUAGUUUGGUCGGGCAUUCCACUUGAAAAAUUCAUCGAUAUUAUGCUCUAAUUUCGUGUAAAAUAAAGCUCUAUUUCAACGUAAAAAUACCUGUCCUCGAAAGGUUAAUAAAUAUUCCGCAUCAUAAACAUACCUUUGAAACGGCAAACCGCAAAUUGUUUCGCGGAUCGAUUUCUUGAUUUUGUUUUACUUUUAGACUUCACACUUGAUCUCCCGACAGUAAAGAAUAUUCGUAGAUUGUUUGGUUGCUCAUUCUGACCCAAAAUAUCAGUAAAUAGGUUUACUGGAUUAGUUCAUAAAAUUCACGUGUUUUUUAUUUUCCGGAGCGACAAUACUCGUUGUGCGACGAAAUCAUUUUUGUUUUACCUAGGAACCCUAGGAACCCUAGGAACACGUGCGUGAUAUUGUCGCCAUUAGAACCGUGAAUUCACAUACCAGCCUUAUAAUUAUGUAAUAUUAACGAGCUAUAUGUUUUUCGCGUAUCCGAGCUAAUGUCGCAGUAACGAGACCAAUGGAAAAAGACAUUCCAAAAAAAAAAAAAAUUACUACACCGGAACGCAUCUAGCAAACCAAAGGACAAACUUUUGUGUAAAAAAAUGUAAACAUAACGUUGCAUGAUGAUGGAUUAUAUUGGUCAUUGAUCGACUUUGACGAACUUGCUGAUUAAUUUUCGUUUUUUUCUCACCAAAAACUCUACGUUACGUGAGCGAUCAUUGUUCAUUUUUCAAUAUUUAUUUAUCGCUAGAGUAACGAGUGAAACCGUUUUUUCUUCAUAAUUCGAUUCAUAAUUCUUCAUAAGUCGAUUGCACGCUUAGAGCAUUGCCAACUUUAGACAGGUAACAAUCGAUUUUUUUUUUAAUUUUUACAUUUAAGACUAUCGGACUUAAUUCCGCUGUACUAAAUCUCGAUUCGAAUGUCCUAUGCAGGAAAAUUCCGUAACACCGCUGUUUAUGCAUAUUUGAAUUUGAUAAUUGGAUUCUAACAUACGCAUUUACAUCCACGGGUUCUGAGAUUACGAGAGCGUGGGCCAAUAAGUAUUAGACUGGCUGGAACGGUUGACCGACUUAGUAAAAUAGAGACAAUGCGGCGGCAAGCGUUACUUUUGUAUAAUCAAACGAAGCCUACGAAUAAAAAUAUAUUUUACUGUA